AUGAGCGACAACACGAAGAUCGGCACGAGCCUCCUCGGGCUCGGCCUCCUCUUCAUCGCGCUCGGCGUCCUGCUCCUCUUCGACCGGUUCCUGCUGUCGCUCGGCAACGUCAUGUUCCUCGCGGGCCUGCUCAUGACCAUGGGCGUGAGCCGGAGCGCGCGCUUCUUCCGGAAGAAGGCGCACGACUGCGGGCUCCGCGGCGUCGCGUGCUUCUUCGGAGGCGUCGCGCUCGUGCUCGUCUUCAAGCGGCCGCUCGUGGGCAUGUUCCUCGAGGGCUUCGGCUUCGUGAACCUCUUCGGCAACUUCUUCCCCAUCGCCCUCAGCGCCAUGCGCACCAUGCCCGUCAUCGGCAACGUGCUCUCGAUGCCGGGCGUGAGCUCCGUCGCCGACAAGCUCGCGGGCGUCGAGCAGCGACGAGCGCGGAACUGGGCGUAG